UCGAGGUUAUUCAAGUGCGAAGAAGAGCUCAAUUGCAGGUAUGGCGUCCAGAGCGGAGGGUUCAGACUCAUCGACGAAGCAUUCGAGGCUUCCUCUUCAUCACAGAAGCCGCACGAUCGAAUCGGAACGUUCAUCAGCUGUUGAAGUUUACGCAGAAGCGCGAUCUGGAUCGUCAAGCCGAGUCAAUUCACAAGCUACAGCCGGAUUAAUGGAACCUCGACUCAAUAUGCUGGAUCAUGUCAAAGACAGAACCCUCCUGAGCAUACUAAAGACAUUGAAACCAAAGUACCGGGACUUUGCUGUUGAAGCUGCUUCCACUGCCAUAGCAGCCAUUGUGCAGGAAAACACACAGAUCGAUCCAGCGACGAUGGUGAAGAUUCUUGCCAACCCAGAAAUGGCCAAGGCUCUGAUUGACAACAGUAUCGCCAGUUUCAAGCCUUGAAAUUAAUGCAACAGUAGUUGUAUAAUCAGUGCUUUC